GAUUUUUCCGCACAUUGCAAAAUGCUGGCGUCCAUGCUGCGCAGCCGGCGCGCGCUGACUUCGCUCGCGAAGGUGACGCCGCUCGAGGCGCAGGAGGCCGUCGAGCUCACGUGGACGGACGGCUUCUCGGCCAAGUUCCACAAGAUCUGGCUGCGAGACCAUUGCACGUGCGCGCACUGCCAGCACCCGACGACCAAGCAGCGCCAAAUCCACUCGGCCACGAUUCCUCUGAGCUCGCCGGCGACGAUGGCGGUCGCGCCGGACGCGCUCACAAUUCACUGGAAGGACGUUGUUGUCGGGUCGUCCUGCACGCACAGCGCUUUCUCGAGCCAGUGGCUGCGGGACCACGUCUACUCGACGCCCAAGACGACGUAUCCGCACGAGUACCGGCAAGAGCGCCUCGACAACAAGGUGCUUUGGGACAAGCAUUUGGUGAUGCCGACAUCGACGUAUCAAGCGAUGAUGGGCGAUGGGUUCCGGGCUGGUAUGCAGCUACUGCAGAAGCACGGUCUUCUCCUCAUCAAGAAGACACCCAACUCGAUGGACGACACGGAGGCCUUCGCCCGGCGCAUCGGCUUCGUCCUCGAGACGGUCUACGGCACCAUGUGGACGACGCGACCAAAGACGGCCGAAAUGAGCUACAACGACACGGCGUCGACGAACUUGGAGCUCCAAGCGCACACGGAUAGCACGUAUCUGUACACGCCGCCGGGUCUUCAGAUCUUCAACUGCGUCCAGCAGGCGGCCGGCGGCCCCACGGACGGCGCGAGCCGGUACGUGGACGGCUUCCACGUGGCCGAGUGGCUCCGAGAGCACGCGCCCGAGGCCUUUGCCUUCUUCAGCAAAACGCCGCUGCCGUUCUACUGCCUCGACGACGAUACGUCGCUGGCGACGAUGAAGACGGUCAUCGACGUCGACUACCGCGGCAAUGUCCAGGGCUUCCGACUCAACGACGGCGACCGCGCAGCGCUCACGCACCUUUCGUUUGAAGACACGUUUGCGUUCUACAAGCACCACAAGGAGCUCUGGCGGGCGAUUAACCACCUCGAGCUCGUCCACAAGCUCGACGAAGGCGACAUGAUGGUCGUCGACAACAACCGCGUCAUGCACGGCCGCCACGCGUUCGAGGGCGAGCGCGCGCUCAUCGGGUGCUAUAUCGGCAAGACCGAGUACGACAGCCGUCUCCGUGUCCUCGGGCUCCUGUAACUGCACGCACUAUAGAAUGUUUUUUCAAA